CCAACCCCCCACCUGACAUAUAUACACACACAUAUAUAUAUAAUAUAAUUUAUAUGCAUUUAUGCAUAUGCAUUUUGCUUUGGACUCGUAGAAGGCGUCAUCUCUGCAUUCUCUCUCUCUCUGGCUCCGCGUAAAAAUGGAGUUGGUUGUGGAUUCCGGCGUUAGUAGGAUGGAGGGGGCGAGGAAGAACCCGACUCUCAUUUGUGCGCCGAUAAUGGCGGACACCGUGGAUCAGAUGCUGAAUCUAAUGCGGACGGCGAAGGCGAGCGGAGCUGAUCUCGUGGAAAUUCGAUUGGAUAGCUUGAAGAGCUUCAAUCAUCGUCCCGAUAUCUCGACGUUAAUUCAGCACUGCCCGUUGCCUACUCUGUUCACUUACAGGCCGGUAUGGGAAGGUGGUAUGUAUGAUGGUGAUGAAACUAGCCGAUUGGAUGCACUUCGUUUAGCAAUGGAGCUGGGAGCUGAUCAUAUAGAUGUUGAACUCAAGGCUAUUCACGAAUUUAACAGUUCUCUAAAUGGAAUUAGGCCUGGAAAAUGCCAAGUCAUAGUUUCAUCUCACAAUUAUCAUAACACACCAUCAGUUGAGGAGCUUGGGGAUCUUGUAGCAAGGAUACAAGCAUCAGGAGCUGACAUAGUGAAAAUUGCAACCACUGCAUUGGAUAUCAUUGAUGUAGCACGCAUCUUCCAAAUUACUGUACACUCUCAAGUGCCAAUAAUAGCCAUGGUCAUGGGAGAGAAGGGUUUGAUGUCUCGCAUACUUUGCCCAAAGUUUGGUGGCUAUCUAACAUUCGGUACUCUGGAAGCGGGAAAAGUAUCAGCUCCUGGGCAGCCAACUAUUCAGGAUCUUUUGGAUUUGUACAAUUUCAGGCAGUUAGGACCUGAUACCAGGAUAUUUGGCAUUAUUGGGAAACCUGUUAGUCAUAGCAAAUCACCUUUAUUGUACAAUGAAGCUUUCAAAUCAGUUGGAUUCAACGGAGUUUUUGUACAUUUACUGGUAGAUGAUAUUGCAACUUUCUUCCAGACCUAUUCAUCUUUGGAUUUUGCCGGUUUCAGCUGUACCAUUCCUCACAAGGAGGCUGCCCUUGAAACAUGUGAUGAAGUUGAUCCAGUUGCAAAGUCAAUAGGGGCUGUAAAUUGCAUUAUAAGGAGACCUACAGAUGGGAAGUUAUUUGGUUGCAAUACAGAUUAUGUUGGUGCUAUCUCUGCUAUUGAGGAUGGCCUGCGAGGUUUGUAUCAUACCCCAGUUGGCUCUUCACCCUUGGCUGGUAAACUAUUUGUGGUAAUUGGUGCUGGUGGUGCUGGAAAGGCGCUGGCUUAUGGUGCAAAAGAAAAAGGAGCUAGGGUGGUGAUUGCUAACCGUACAUAUGGUCGAGCCAAAGAGCUGGCUGAUUCAAUUGGAGGACAGGCUUUGUCUCUUGCCGAGCUUAGUAGUUUCCAUCCAGAAAAAGGCAUGAUUCUUGCAAACACCACCUCCAUCGGGAUGCAACCAAAAGUUGAUGAGACACCAGUUGCUAAGGAAGCUUUGCAAUACUAUUCCCUUGUCUUUGAUGCUGUCUAUACCCCAAAGAUAACUAGAUUGUUGAGAGAAGCCGAAGAAUGUGGAUUGAAAAUUGUUACUGGAGUAGAAAUGUUUAUUGGGCAAGCAUAUGAACAAUAUGAAAGGUUCACAGGAUUGCCUGCUCCAAAGGAACUAUUUAAAAAUAUCAUGGCAACAUAUUGAAAGCAAGCGUGUGCCGGCUUCACUAUCAUGCCCUCACUAAUCCCAUUUAUUUAACCGCAAAAUGUUUGUGUUCCUUGAUAAUCAUGUUAUGUUCUUAGCCUAUAUUUUCUAGUGUCCGUCACUUGUACCACAUUUAAACUGUUUGCAUCUUUUAGGACAUGUCUUAUGAAACUUUGGUUAGUCUCUGGCAGGAAAAAAAAAAAAAAAAACCCCAAAAAAAGAAAAAAAUUGGAAUAUUUCUUGGCGUUGUUAGGCUCAUGUACUACUUGAUUCUUUGGCAACUGCUGGUUAGCAGGGGAGGACAUUGCCACAAAUCGUUCACUUUCUAGUUUUAAACAUCAAGAACUUGUAUGUUAGUAUGGCCAUUGUAGGCAAUUGUACUGCUGUAGUGGGAAUUCUUAGUGAUAAAAGUAUGAUUCAGUUCAUUUAAUAUCUUAAAUAUAUAUACAAAAUUUGUGAUGUGGA